UCCUCCACUACACCGCGAAGCCCGGCCAAACGACACAACAACAAUGGAGCUUAAUUGGUUUUCGGUGGAGGAUGAUAUGGCACAACCACAACCCGGAGUUUUAAAGGCCAUUAGUUUCGAUUUCCUGUCCGAAGAAGAUGCUGCCAAAAUUUCGGUCAAGCAAGUAGGAGCUGUGAAUGAAGUAGCAGAUCCUGCUUUAGGAUUGCCAAAUUCAACUUCUAAGUGCAACACGUGUGGAGCACAGGAUGGAAAGCGGGUAGUUGGUACACCAGGCAAUGAAAAACUUGGGAUGAAUAUUUGUGAAGGUCACUUUGGUUUAAUCAACUUACAAUACACAGUUUUAAACCCGUAUCUCAUGUCUGAGAUUGCUCAGGUUCUCAAUAAAAUUUGCCCGGCAUGUAAAUCUGUUCGCCGUAAUAGAGUCAAGAAUGCUGCUUCCACCUCUGAGCAAAACCAGUUGGGGAACUGCAAAUAUUGCGAUAUAAAGUUUAAAAGCUAUCCACCGAUGAAAUUUAAAGUAUCUCGAAGAGACAAGUUUAGGAAGACUGCACUUAUUGCAGAAAUGAAACUCUGA